CUAGCAAUUAUACCCAUCGCAGCGGAGGCUCAGCGGGCCUUAAAAAAGCACUACGCGCAGCCGUUCCAACCGCAAGACUACCCAAAUACAUACCGCGACCGCUCCAAGGCAUUUCGCCGGGCGCUCAGGCCACAGCAAGGACUGCACCACAACUGCAGCGAUCCGAGCGCUGCCGCGACGCGACGCGGGACGCAAGCGGACGUGGAUCCCGGAGCGCGCAAGAGCUGCAGCGCCAGCAAUAUAUAACGCACAAACACCGCGGUGCUAAUAAACAAAUGGCGACCUCGGGCGGCGCGGGCCCGCAAGAGGCCGCCCUCAAAAUCGUCGGCGAGGCCGACGACGAGGCCGCGCGCACGUACGUGUUUAGAGGAGAGGACCACACGCUAGGCAACGCGCUGCGCCACGUGCUCAUGCGCCAGAAGGACGUCGAGUUCUGCGGCUAUUCCGUGCCGCACCCGUCGGAGCCCUUCGUGCACGUGCGGCUCCAGACGACGGGCGCGCCGGCGCGGGCCGUGCUCGACGACGGUUUGAAACAGCUCGGCGGCAUCUGCGACGCGCUCGCGGCGCAGCUCGACAAGGCCGAGGGCCUCGCGGAGACGCGGAAGCGGAGCGACUCCCAGGGGACCGCUUUUCCGGGCCCCGGGCGCGCUUUGGAAAACGCGCGGCGACUGGCGGACCGCAUGGAGUAGGCGGCUAAUUAAUCUGUACCAGCAUGCAUGGCCCCUCUGUAAUACUCGUCGAUGGCGCCGCGUCGAUGGCGCAAGUCGCCGGCUGCGGCACGUCGCGGCGGAGCAACGCGUCCCCGGAGCACGGGUCUACAACCAAAAGGGCGGGUGCACCGUCGUCGUCCGCGUCGUCGUCGUCCGCACGGGCCGCGGCGGCGCGGCGGUCGUUUGUUGCACAGUAGGCUUCCGCCUCAGCGCGCCGAGGAACGCGUUCCGCGACUCGUAGCGGAGCAAUUUUACGUUCGGGCAGACCUGUCCCCACAUGAAUAAGAACAGGGCAGCCAGCCCAAAAGCUAUUGCGACGGAGAUCGCGCGACGGCGUAGGUUUUGCAAGGGCUGCCCCUCUUUGCCAGAGUCUUUGGCAUCUGCGGACAUGGUCACGCAGCCUCAAUGACCUGCAGCGACGAGCUGACGUUCACGAGCAUCCGAACACAA